AUGGCGCAACUUACCUUAGAAAAACGUGCUCAAGCAAUUGCAUUACUUGACGUUGGUGUCAAAAAUAGGCCUCGUUGUGGUCGUCCUCAAAAACUUACUAUACGUGAUAAACGAACACUUGUUCGUCGAAUUACAACUAAUGAAUGUUCCAAUGCAGUCCAACUUAGAAAGUCGUUAUUAACCCAUGAAAAAAAAGAUGUAAAU